AUGUCAUUUGAUGAGGAAAAAAUCAAAGAGUAUUUUGGUAGAUUAAAUGAUGAUGAUGCUCAAUUUUUAUUGACUAAAACUGGUCAUGGUAAUGAUGUUCAUCAUGAUAACAAGGAUGAUUUAACUUUUGACUUGAAAUAUAUUUUGGACAAGAUUAUUGAUAUCAGUGAUGAAAGAACCUUGGAGAUCUUUGAAAGAACCAUUAAAGAUCAUGAUGGUGAUGCUAAUUUCCCAAUUGAUGAUUGGAAUUAUAUGCAAUCAGUUUUGGCCGGUGAUGUGAAAAUUUCUGAAAAUUCAUCUGCCAAUUUUAAGGCAAAAUUAACUGCUGUUUUAAUUUAUUACCAUUCUCCUUAUCCUGAAGUUAGAUCUGUUACUGAUUUAGUCAAUGAUCCAAAUGAACCUGUUGAAACAAUUAGAUCUUAUACCAUUGCUUUGAUCUGGGUCAUUAUUGCUAGUGGUAUCAAAGAAUUCUUUGCCCAUAGAUUCCCUUCAAUUUCCUUGUCUUUAACCGUUAACUCAAUGUUAAUGUAUGCUUGUGGUAAAGCUUGGGAAUAUGUUAUGCCAAAUAUUAAUAUCGGUAGAUUACCUUUGAACCCUGGUCCUUAUUCUUACAAAGAACAAAUGUUUGCUGUUCAAUUGGUUAGUGUUGCUUCUGCUAAUGUUUAUGUUUCUUAUAACAUUGUUACUCAAGUUAAAUUUUAUGAUCAAAAAUGGUUAACUUUUGGUUUUCAAUUAUUAUUAACACUUUCAACUCAAUUCAUGGGGUUUUCAUUUGCUGGUAUUUUAAGAAAAUAUGUUGUUUAUCCUGUUAGAUCUAUGUGGCCAACAAUUUUACCAAAUCUUGCUUUGAAUCGUGCUUUAUUGAAACCUGAAAGAAAAGAAAAAAUCAAUGGCUGGUCCAUUACAAGAUAUAACUUUUUCUGGUUUUGCUUUGGUUCAAUGUUUGUUUACUUUUGGCUCCCAGAUUUCGUAUUCCAAGCCUUGUCAUAUUUCAGUUGGAUUACCUGGAUUGCUCCAGAUAACUUCAAUUUAGCUGCUAUUACUGGAAGUCAAUCUGGUUUAGGUUUGAAUCCAAUUCCAACUUUUGAUUGGAAUAUUAUCACUGGUAUUGUUAAUCCAUUAGUUGUUCCAUUCUAUGUGACCAUGAAUAUGUUUGCUGGUCUUUGUUUAAGUUUCUUUGUUAUUGUUGGGAUCUAUUGGUCUAAUUAUAAAUGGACUGGUUACUUGCCAAUCAAUUCAAACGCUAUUUUUACAAAUCAAGGUACUCGUUUCCAAGUCGAUAAAGUCUUAACUAAUGGUUUGUUGGAUGACACAAAAUAUCAAGCUUACUCUGCUCCAUUUUACAGUGCUGCCAACAUUGUUGUCUAUAGUUGUUUCUUUAUGUUUUAUCCAUUUGGUUUUCUAUACAACAGUUACAAAGAAUGGGAUACCAUUAAUGGUAACUUUAAACAAGUCUUUAUUAGUAAAGAUGCCAAAUCAACAUUGUCUAAAUAUGAUGAUCCACAUUCUAAAAUGAUGUCCAGAUAUAAAGAAGUUCCAGAUUGGUGUUUCUAUUCGAUCUUGGUUAUUUCUUUGGUCCUAGCUAUUGUUUGUGUUAAAGUUUAUCCAGAAUCCAAAACUCCAGUUUGGGGUAUUUUUUUCACUGUUGGUAUCAAUUUUGUGUUUUUAAUUCCAUUAUGUUUGUUACUUUCAGUUACUGGUAUUCAAAUGGGUUUAAAUGUGUUGGUUGAAUUGAUUGUUGGUUAUGCCUUACCAGGUAAUGGUGUUGCCUUGAUGACUUUGAAAGCUCUUGGUUAUAAUAUCGAUGGUCAAGCUGAUAACUUUAUUUCAUGUCAAAAAGUUGCACAUUACGCCAGAAUUCCAACAAGAGCAUUAUUUAGAGGUCAAAUCAUUGGUGUUUUCGUUCAAGCUUUUGUUUUCUUAGGUGUUAUCAACUGGUCAAUGUCCAAUAUCGAAGAUAUGUGUGAUAUUCAUCAAAAACAAAGAUUUACUUGUGCUUCCGAUAGAACAUUUUACAGUGCUUCUGUUUUAUGGGGUGUUAUUGGUCCAAAGAGAGUUUUCAAUGGUUUAUACCCAACUAUGAAGUAUGGUUUCUUGAUUGGGUUCUUGGUUGCUUUGUUAUUUAUUGCCAUUAGAAGAUAUGCUCCAAAAGCUAUGCCAAAUAACUUUGAACCAUCAGUCUUUAUUGUUGGUAUGAUUAAUUAUGCACCUCUUAACUUGUCCUAUAUCAUUCCAAGUGUCUAUGCUGCUUAUGCAUUCAUGUACCAUAUCAAAAGAAGAUAUAUUGCUUGGUUUGAAAAAUACAAUUAUGUUCUUUCAGCUGCUUUCGAUGCAGGUGUUGCCUUUUCAGCUGUUAUCAUUUUCUUCACUGUCCAAUAUCAUCCUAAAUAUGUUGACUGGUGGGGUAACAAUGUUACAUCUGAAGGUGUUGACGGUGGUGCCGGUCAACCAUCAUUAUUGAACAUUAGUGCAACUGAUAGAGGUUAUUUCGGUCCAGAGUUUGGUUCAUUCCCUUAA